AUGUUCGGACCGACACUCUCAAAUGGACAGUAUACCUUCAACUCUUUUGCCGAACCUCUCACACCACGUGGGUCAACUCAACCUUCCCUUUUUGCACCACAACCAGUUUAUCCACAAACACCAAUUAAGCCACAAGCACAACAAUCAUUUUUUAACUUCGGUGCUCCUCAACAAACAAGUCUUUUUCAAACACAACCACAACAAAUUCAAACAACAAACGUCCCUCCAAGCUAUCUCUUUUCUGAUAUGCUUGAGUCUUCGGGGACAUUCUUUUUCAACGCGAUCGACUACACCGUCCAAGGAAGUCGCAAAGCGGUUUAUGCGGAUACUGUGAAGUACGACCCUCAAAAAGGUAGCAUCGUUUACAAAGGAAUCAAUGCCAUGCAACAAUACACCAAUACAACACCCCUCGAGCUCAGAGCAAGAGACUAUGCUAUGUCAAACAACCAAAGACCUUAUCUAAAUUGA